AUGUCUUUUAAAACAACAGCCCCUUUGAACGGUCUUGCUAAGGCGUUGGAAUCAGACAAGGCGCUGAGAUCGUCUUCGAUUAAACAAGCUGACUCGGUGAUCCAGUUCGUGGUCAAGAACAAGGAAGGUGAAACCAAAGCGUGGAAACUCGAUCUCAAAGAGGCAGGCACGCUGAAGGAGAUUUCAGAGCCAUCAGACGCGGAUAUCUCAAUUGCUGUAAAAGAUGCCGAUCUCAACAAGCUCAUCAAUGGGAAAACUUCCGCACAGAAAUUAUUUAUGAGCGGAAAACUCAAGGUGAAGGGCAAUGUGAUGAAGGCGGCCAUUGUGGAGAAGAUUUUACAGAAAGCGAAGCCACCAAAGGCGAAGCUGUAA